AUGUACUGGCAUCCGUUUGCUCCUCCGCUUAUUUGGACCAGAGCUGACCGGCUUACAACUCAUGAUCGAGAUCGAUCAUUGCCGGUCCAAGAAGGAGUAGACUGGAAAACUAAAGUUAUGACUUGUCACAGUAAGAAGAAGUCAAGAUCAAAUGAUGGAGAAAAAUCAGAUUCUUCUCAUUCAGGCUUACCUUACGCCGAUGAAUGGUUAUUGGAUUAUGACGAUUGGAGUAUAUAUUAUGAUGUAUUUGUCUCAGCAGUUUCAAAAUCCCCAGUAAUCACCAAACGGGCAAUAGCUCACAAAACUGAUGUAGAAAGAGUAUUUGGAGAGAUGGGGUGGUUAACAGCCUUGAAGUAUGACAUGAGAAUUAGAGAAUUUGCUCUAGUAGAAGGGGGAGAACAAGAUGGAUGGGAUCCAUCAACACGCAAACUACCAGCAAAGAAAGCUUUUGAAAAAGGAUUUCAACAGAAGGAAAAACCUUAUCAGAAAUGGGGUAAAUGUGGGGAUGACAAUCCAGUUGUGAGUGGAUCAGGAUCAUUGUAUCAAAAGGAAAAAUUUAAAUUUAAGAAUGGUUAUACCGGAAAUAAUUUUGAUCCAAAAUUUGCAGAAAAGAAAGCCGCUGCAGCAGAAGCUGCUAAAAAUAAUUCCAGUAAUAAGUAG